CAGCCUUAGGCAGCAGAGACUUGCAUCCAUCCUUUGGGAACCAGUUUCUUCUAGCUUGGCAAGUUGCUAUGAUGACACCACAGAUGAGAGCCCCCAUUUGUCUGGUGGAAAACCACAUGGAGCAGCUGUCUGUGAACCAGAAAGCUGUAGAGGUUCUGGACAAGAUUUCCCAGCCAGUAGUAGUCGUGGCCAUUGUGGGAUUGUACCGUACAGGGAAGUCCUACCUGAUGAACCGUCUGGCGGGACAGAAUCACGGUUUCCCUCUGGGUUCCACCGUGCAGUCUGAAACCAAGGGCAUCUGGAUGUGGUGUGUGCCCCACCCCACCAAGCCAGAGCACACCCUGGUCCUCCUGGACACCGAGGGCCUGGGGGAUGUGGAAAAGGGUGACUCUAAGAAUGACUCGUGGAUCUUUGCCCUGGCCGUGCUGCUGAGCAGCACCUUAGUCUACAACAGCAUGAGCACCAUCAACCACAAGGCCCUGGAGGAGCUACAUUAUGUCACAGAACUCACGGAGCUGAUCAGGGCAAAGUCUUCCCCAAGUCCUGAUGGAAUGAAGAAUUCCACAGAGUUUGUGAGUUUCUUUCCAGACUUCAUCUGGACUGUUCGGGAUUUCAUGCUGGAGCUGAGGAUAAAUGGAGACAGCAUCACGGAGGAUCAGUACCUGGAGAAUGCACUGAAACUGAUCCCAGGCAACAAUCCCAGAAUCCAAGCAUCCAAUUUGCCCAGGGAGUGCAUCAGACAUUUCUUUCCUAAACGGAAGUGCUUUGUGUUUGACCGGCCAACGAAUGACAAGGAACUCUUAAAAAAAAUUGAGACUAUCUCGGAAGACCAACUGGAUCCUAAGUUCCUGGAACAAACAAGGGCUUUUGUUUCUUACAUCUUCACCUAUGCAAAGAUGAAGACCCUCAGAGAGGGGAUUAAGGUCACUGGAAAUCGGCUGGGGACUCUGGUGAUGACCUACGUGGAUGCCAUCAACAGCGGAGCAGUGCCUUGUCUGGAUGAUGCUGUGACAACUCUGGCCCUGCGUGAGAACUCAGCAGCUGUACAGAAGGCAGCUGACCACUACAGUGAGCAGAUGGCCCAGCGACUGAGGCUCCCCACAGACACGCUCCAGGAGCUGUUGGGUGAGCACACAGCCUGCGAGAAGGAAGCCAUUGCUGUCUUCAUGGAGCACUCCUUCAAGGAUGAAAACCAGCAAUUCCAGAAGAAGCUGCUGGAAUUACUAGAUGAGAAGAGAGGAAUUUUCAUGCUGAAGAACGAAGAAGCAUCAGAGAAAUUCUGCCAGGGAGAACUGAAUCAGCUUUCAAAGGCUUUUAUGGAAAAUAUUUCAACAUUUUCUAUUCCUGGAGGACACAGGCUCUACAUGGAAAUGAGGGAGAAGAUUGAACAUGACUACUGGCAGGUGCCCAGGAAAGGGGUGAAGGCAAGUGAAGUCUUCCAGAGCUUUCUGCAGUCACAGGCCACCCUUGAGAGUUCCAUCCUGCAGGCAGAUACAGCCCUCACCGCUGGGGAGAAGGCCCUUGCAGAGGAGAGGGCCCAGAAGGAGGCGGCCGAACAGCAGCAGGAGCUGCUAAGGCAGCAGCAGGAGGAGCAGCAGCAACUGAUGGAUGCUCAAGAGAGAAGUCACAAGGAAAACCUAGAGCAACUGAGGACGAAGCUGGUGCAGGAGAGAGAGCAGCUCAUCCAAGACCAGAAAAUGAUGCUGGAGAAGCAGCUGCAGGAUCAAAAGGCUUUGCUUGAAGAAGGAUUUAGGAAGAAAUCUGAGAAAAUGAAUGAAGAAAUACAGCGAUUGAAGCGUAACAUCGAUGAUAUGAAUAGAAAUAGUGGUUCUGUUUUAGAGGAUAUUCUAAAAGGAUUUGCUACAGUAAUUUGUGCUCCUGCUUUAUUAGUUGCAGAGGCUGUAAAAGGUUUUAUUUCAAUAUUUAAAUAGGAUUCACUCUUCUUUUGAUGAAAUGAUAGACCAUGAAUAUAUACUUUGUCUUAUGUUGAAGCUUUAUGUUUUUGGUUUCAUUCAGCAAGUUUAAACAUAAGAAGUCCUUGUGAAAGGGUAUCUACACCUAGUGCACAUUAGAUAGAUCAUAUAUAUAUAUAUAUAUAUAUAUAUAUAUUUGCACAAACAAGAUUUGCUUUUAGGGAACAAAUUUUUGAAACCAUUCCUACUGAAGCUAUGUGAUUAGUGACUGUAUGUUCUUACAGUGACUGUUGAUGAACAGUCUAGAAUCAUUUAGGACACAUGCACUCCUGCAUCUUGUGAGCACUGUCUGUUCUGGGUUAGCUUGUGGGGAUCACCUCACAUUACUAUGGUAGGAAACCCAUCCCAAGUGUGGAUAGUAGAUUUCUGUGGCCUGGGGACAUAGCUAUAAGGUGAAAGCAAGCUGGGCACUAAUGUCCACCACUUGUUACUUCCUGACUGUGGAUGCCAGCCUCAGCUUCUUUCCUAUGCCUUCCCCACUGUGCUAAAUGUAUCAUGUGGGACCAUGACCAUAACAAACCCUUUCUUUCUUGAGUUGCCUUUGUUGGGGUCUUUUGUUACAGCAAGAGGAAAAGUCUUUGAUAUCUUUGUAAUGGUGAUAAAUUUGGAAACUACUUAAACAUCAUUGAAUAUGAUUGGCAACAUAUUAUAAUGUGUCUGGAUCCUGGAGUGCUAUAUAAUCAAGAAAUAAAUGACUGUCAAGCUUUCUGUA